AUGGCGUGCGCCAACCCCACAGAAUACCUACCCAUCUCCACAAAAUACCCUAAUCCACCCCCCAGGAGCCCUAUAGAAAUCCCCCCGGGAGCAGGUUUCCGACCAAAUCAAGCCUUCAAGAAUGAGAGGUUGCAGAAGCAGAAGACUUUCACCCCACUGGGAGAAUCAUAUACUAGUCUAUUCCACAGGUUGAUACAGUUGGGUAUGUUGAAUCCGAUUGAGCCUAAGCUGCCAAAUCCCCCUCCGAGAAAUCUUGACCACUCGGUGAGUUGUGAAUAUUGUUCAGGGGCUCCAGGGCAUGACACCGAGAAAUGUUGGAAGUUGAAAACGGCUAUUCAAGAGCUUAUUGAUACCCAUCGGAUCGAGGUCCAAGACCCGGAAGUGCCUAAUAUCAACCAGAAUCCGUUGUCAGCCCAUCAUGAGACCAAUAUGAUUGAGAUAGUGCAUAAAGCAGGAGAGCCUAAGAAGCCAUCACAGACUGUAAUGAUGUUCAGGUCCUGUGAAGUCAGGACGAGUGACAAGUCAACAAGUGGGAAGUCAUUGAUCAAGUUGAAAGAGACAGACAGUAAACCAGUUGUGGUAGUUCAGAAGGAGUCUUCAAGCGGGGUUGCAGUGAAACAAGAAAAAGUAAAAGUGGUGGUACCAGGGGCAGUGAACAAGUCUGUCGUAGUAGUGGAAGGUGCUCGCAAAGAGCCCGUGAUUAGCAAACCAGUGACUCAGCUACCAAUAGUCAACAGCAAGGCCGUCCCUUGGAAUUAUGGCCGAAUGACAGUGACUUACAAAGGGAAAGAGGUUAAAGAAGAAGUUUGUGAGACCCAUGGGUUGACUCGCUCGGGGAGAUGCUUUGCCCCCGAGGAGUUAAGAAAAGCCAAAACCUCCAAAGAUAACCCAGUGUUAGUGAAGAAAGCUGUGACCGAAGAAGAGGCAGAGGAGUUCUUGAAGAAGAUGAAAAUGCAGGACUAUUCUAUUGUAGAGCAGUUGUGGAAGACCCCUGCCCUAAUUUCAGUUCUCUCAUUGUUAAUCCAUUCGGACGAGCACCGCCGGGCGUUGAUGAAAAUCUUGAACGAGGCCCACGUCCCUGACAAGAUCUCUGUAAACGAUCUGGAAAAGAUAGCAAACAAGAUUUUUGAGGUAAACAGAGUCACCUUUUUUGAUGAUGAAUUGCCCAUGGAGGGUACUGAGCAUAAUAGAGCCCUUUAUCUUACGGUGAAGUGCGAAGAUUCCGUCGUUACCCGGGUAUUGAUUGAUAAUGGUUCCAGCACCAACAUUUGCCCUCUCUCCACCCUGGACAAAUUGAAAGUGGACAAUGAAAGAAUUCACAAGCACAGUAUUUGCGUUCGAGGGUUCGACGGUGGAGGGAAAGAUUCAGUCAGGGACAUAGUGCCGGAGCUGACAAUUGGGCCAGUUGAAUUUACUAUGGAAUUCCAGGUGCUCAAUGUGGCAGUUUCUUACAAUCUUUUGUUAGGCCGACCCUGGAUUCAUGCCGCCAAGGCAGUGCUGUCUACCCUGCACCAGAUGGUCAAAUUUGAAUGGGACAGACAGGAAAUUGUGGUACACGGAGAGGACGGUUUGUGUGCCCAGAAUGAUUCCAUUAUACCUUUCAUCGAAGUUGAAGACGACAAGGGGCCGUGGGUCUAUCAGGUUUUUGGUGCAGUGUCAGUUGAGAAUAUCCCAGAAGGGGAAUGUGUUCCAGUUCCGAAAGUGGCAGCCGCAUCAGUCAUGGUAGCCUCCGAAAUGUUGAAGAAUGGUUUUGUACCUGGCAAGGGUUUGGGUGCGUCUCUGCAAGGUAUCGUACAGCCGGUGUCUCUCCCCAAAAACUUGGACACCUUUGGUUUGGGGUUCAAGCCUAUAACUGCAGACAUAAGGCGAGCUAGAAAGUUGAAACAGAGGGCAUGGUUUCUUCCAAAGCCUGUCCCAUGUCUCUCCCGAUCCUUUGUCAGGCCUGGUACCAAGAAGCGCCCGUGGCUAUUAUUUGGCCGGCUGAAAGCCAAGGCCAAGUUAUUCUGGAAUCUACCUAUUUCUGCAUAUUUACUUUCUCCUCUACUGAUCCAGUGUGAGCAUUUCCCAGGGUCCUUGAGGCUCUUUGGGAACUACACACUGGAGGCCUGGCUCAAUGUGUUGUGGACCUCUACUACUAUUUCAAGACUGUUGUGUUGA